CGUGGUUUUGGGCGAUAUAGAAAAGUAGAAAUCAAAUAUAAACAUUCGAAAGAAAAUUGAUAAAUUCCCUAUUAAUUCAAGUGAAAUGUAAUAUUAACAAUUAGUUACGAAAUUUUAUAUACUAAAGAACAUCGUUUAACUCUGAUAUAUCUAUUUGGUGACCUCAAAAGUUAUCAAAAUUAAUCUCUUCUUCAUCUCGAUUACUUCUUUCGCAAAAGCGAUGCGAUCAAUUCUGAUUUUUCUGACGUCGGCAGUUUUAUCUGCCGGCGUGAUUGCCAAUGCAGUUAUACAGAAGAAACAGUUCUAUCCAUCAGUUGUCUAUAUCUCCAAGAGUAAUCCGAGUAUGGCUGUAAUUUAUUUUCAAUCGCUAAUCUUAGUCUUAAUGUUAGGAAAAUUAAUGAGAAAGAUAUUCCUCGGAACACUUCGAGCGGCUGAAUUUGAACAUUUGAUGGAGCGCUUUUGGUAUGCGCUCACAGAGACUUGUUUGGCAUUUACUGUCUUCAGAGAUGAUUUCAAUCCAAAGUUUAUAGCAUUGUUCACCGUUUUGCUGUUUCUCAAAUCAUUUCAUUGGCUUGCUGAAGACCGAGUUGACUAUAUGGAACGCAGUCCUGUGAUAGGUUGGGUAUUUCAUAUUCGAGUUGCUGGUCUCUUAAGUGUUCUCGGAUUCCUUGAUUAUCUUCUCAUUAUGUAUGCUUAUCAAUCGACAAUAGCAAAAGGUCCAACAGUACAACUUGUUUUUGGCUUUGAAUAUGCAAUUCUGAUUACAAUGGUGGCCAACACGACUAUUAAAUAUGUUCUACAUGCUUCAGAAUUACGAUCAGAUACACCUUGGGAAAAUAAAGCAGUUUUCCUUCUCUACACUGAGCUCGUCAUUGGACUCAUUCGUGUUAUUCUUUACAUUGUGUUUGUGUUCUUAAUGGUCAAGAUUUACACAUUGCCCUUAUUCGCUUUCCGACCUAUGUACUACACAAUAAGAAACUUCAAGAAAGCACUUAAUGACGUCAUAUUAUCGCGACGUGCAAUUCACAAUAUGAAUACUUUGUAUCCCGAUGCAACAGCAGAGGAACUUGCUCUGUCAGAUAACAUUUGCAUAAUCUGCAGAGAAGAUAUGGUGAGCAGUUCAAAGAAGUUGCCGUGUGGUCACAUAUUCCAUACAUUAUGCUUAAGAUCGUGGUUUCAACGACAACAGACAUGUCCAACAUGUCGAUUGAAUAUCCUACGAACACCAAUCACAGCAACACAGCCACAAGCACAGCCAGCAGCUAAUAAUAAUGCUAAUCAAAAUGUGAGGCCCAACGAAGCUCCACCUGUUCCACAACAAAAUCCCUUUUUAAAUUUGUUGAAUGAUAAUCGGUUGGGAAAUCAAGUUCCAAAUCCAUCAUCAUCAUCAUCUGUAUCAUCAGCGACAACAACUACAACAUCAACUCACCCAGGUGCACCAUUUGGAGCUCCUAUUCCGCCUCCGCCCUUCUUUUUUCCAUCAAUGCCUUUCAUGGCACCUUACACAAUUCCACCACCACCAAUGCCUCAAAACCUCGAACAGUUGACUGAAGAAGAACUGAGAGCGAUUGAAGGUAAUGAGCGACGUCAUGUUGAAGAACGUAUUAAGUUACUAAGAAACGUGCAAACAAUGUUAAAUGCAUCAGCUGCUUUAAUGAAUCAAUAUCAGAUGGUCGUGGCAAAUUUACCUCCACCUCCUAUUUCACUUCCACUUCAACAACAACAACCACAACAAUCAUCAUCAAGUUCGUCAGUUGCAGCUGAAACAGCUGAACAACAAUCAACAAAAGUUGAAAAUGUAUCGUUAACAAAAGAAAAUGAUAACAAAAAUGAAGUGAAACUAGAAGAUGUUGGAAGUGAAGAUGAAACAAUCAAUAAACCUUCAACAUCACGUUCCUCAGAGCCAACUUCAAGUAAAACAGCAACAACAUUAGAUAGUCCAUCAACUACGUCAACUUUCAUUGCAAAUGAAUCAUCAACGAUAAAUGGGGAGACAAACGAAGCAAACGAAAUACGAAAACGUCGAUUGCAAAAAUUCUUACAAAGCGACUGAGCUUCUUUUUUUAUUAUUCUUAUUAUUUAAACAUUUCUUGUUCUUGUUGUUUUUCUAAGUUUAAUAACCGAUGCGAAACUGAAAUCAUCAUUUUUAUUUUCUUUUCCUUCAAAAAUUCUUAUAUUUUCCGGUUAGUUAAUCAAAUAGAAAGAGAAGAAAAUUAAUUCUAUUUGAUAUAAAAGUGAGAGAGAAACGAGGAGAAACCUUUUUGGAUGUUUAAGUAUUCGAUGGAAGUGAAAUGAUCCUUGGAUAGAUAUAAUAAAGAAAUAAAGUGUAAAUAUUUGAGAAAAUGUCAAUGAA